CGUGCGCAGGGCUCGCAGCACCGUGGUGGACGGUAGGAGGACAGGCCGCGCCGCCGCCAGGCUCGUCCCCGGACCGCAGGGCGCACCGGAGAACCAGGACGCCGCUCCGCUGGGCUGGACGGUGUGCUCCCCCCUCUAUCACCUCAUCCAUCAUAUAUCAAACCGAGAGGAAGAAAGAGAAGAAGAAGGAGGAAGAAGAAGAAGAAGAAGAGACGAGCGGGUGCAGCACUACUUGUCAUCGAGAAGUCCGAUAACAUAAAGUGAUCAAAGACAUCACAACAACACACAGCAUGGAGGACGAGCUGAUGUUCAGCAUGGAGGAGGAGGGCAGCGCCCAGAGACCCCCGGUCCAUCGAACCAGCACCCCUGGCCAGAGGACCUCGUCCCUCAGCGAUGGCAAUGCCAGUGAUGACGAAUACGACGACUACCCCAUCUGCCCGAUUCUGGACGACCCCACCAAAGAGAUCUGUGACUACCUGAAGAACCUGGUGUGCAACAGGCAGCUGUCAAACUCCCUGCCCAAAAGCAACUUUGUGUACAAGAGCGAAACAGAACCCGAAAAAGAAACGGUGGCAGAACCUCGGUCGUUCAAGGGUUUGUCUGAGAGCGCACGGGCAACGUGGAAACAUGCCAUAGAAAAGGCCAAGGCCAUGCCUGACCCCUGGGCUGAGUUCCACCUGGAGGACAGGGAGAACGAACCCUGCGUACGCUACAGGUAUAAUGCCAUCACAGGGGAGUGGGCUGAAGAUGAGGUCCACAUCAAGAUGGCUACACAGCCCUUUGGGAAAGGGGCCAUGAGAGAGUGCUACAGAGCGAAGAAGUUGUCUAAUUUCUCCCACAGCAGCAACUGGAAGUCUGCGUCAAACUAUGUAGCGAAGCGUUACAUGGAGACGGUGAGCCGGGACGUUUACUUCGAGGACGUCCGGCUGCAGAUGGAGGCCAAGCUCUGGGGAGAGGAAUUCAACCGGCAUAAGCCUCCCAAACAGGUGGACAUCAUGCAGAUGUGUGUGGUGGAGAUGACAAACAGGCCAGGCAAACCUCUUUUCCACCUGGAGCACUACAUCGAGGGCAAGUACAUCAAAUACAACUCCAACUCCGGCUUUGUGAGGGACGACAACAUCAGACUCACCCCCCAGGCCUUCAGCCACUUCACAUUUGAGCGCUCGGGCCACCAGCUGAUCGUGGUGGACAUCCAGGGAGUCGGAGACCUCUACACCGACCCCCAAAUCCACACCGAGAAGGGCACUGACUUUGGAGAUGGCAACCUGGGUGUGCGAGGCAUGGCGCUGUUCUUCCACUCCCACAUUUGCAACAAGAUCUGUAAGAGUAUGGGCCUGACGCCCUUUGACCUCUCCCCUUCAGAGAAGUCCCAGAUGGACUGCACCAACACACUGCUGAAGUCAGCCCAGACGGUGCUGCGGGGCUGUGAGGAGGUCUGUGGCUCUCCUCGUGUCCGCACUAUGUCGGGGAGCCGGGCCCCUCCGCUGCUGUCCCGCCUGUCAGAGACUUCGUCUGCAGACGAGAGCAUGAGCGACAUGGACUCAGUGCCCUGCUCCCCCCACGUCAUGCCCUGCUCCCCCCUUGCCAUACCUGGAUCCAUGGCCAAAUCCCCUGUCGGCUUGUCUUUCACCGGAGUGGACGAACAAGAACGAUUGAACAGUAACUUCACAAACGAACAGAAGGAGCCUGACAGCGGCGGUGACAGUGGCUACCCCAGCGAGAGGAGAAGCGAAGGAGAUCCAAAUGACCAUGUAGACGGGGCCCAUCCUCGCUACCACAGACACUAUUCUGAGUCGGAUGAGGACAGUGUCAGACGGCUGACAGAGGAGAAGUGGAGCUUCUACCAUUCAUCUCGCGCUCAUGUCCACCGGCCCUCCUGUGUGGCCAUCGAGGUGGAGAGGCUCAACUCUCUGCUGCAAGAGAAGAAGAUCGGCCAGUCAAUCCUCGGAAAGGUCCACCUGGCGAUGGUCCGGUACCAUGAAGCGGGUCGUUUCUGCGAGAAAGAUGAACAGUGGGAUGAAGACUCGGCCAUGUACCACCUGGAGCGAGCUGCCCUGUGCGGAGAGCUGGAGGCCAUCGUGGCCCUGGGACAGUGCUGUCUCCAGCUGCCGCAUCAGAUACUGCCAGACAUACAGCUGGAGGAUAACUCAGGAAACAGGAUGAAGGGGUUCAAGUAUCUGCUGCAGGGAGCCGAGGCUGGUGACAGGCCUUGUAUGAUCCUGGUGGCCAGAGCUUUUGAAACCGGAGCCAAUCUGCCACCUGGAAGAAAGAUGGACUGGAACGAAGCUAUUCACUGGUACGACUGUGCCUUGAACAUGACGGACUAUGACGAAGGGGGAGAAUUUGACGGGACGCAGGAUGAGCCUCGCUACCUGCUGCUGGCCAGAGAGGCAGAAAUGUACCAAGAGGGAGGCCACAACCUCACCGCAGACCCACAGAGAGCAGGUGAUUUGUUUACCGAGGCAGCUGAAGCAGCGAUGGAGGCCAUGAAGGGCCGGCUGGCCAACCAGUACUACAUGAAGGCCGAGGAAGCCUGGGCGCUAAUGGAGGAGGAUUAGUGUGAGCUAACAGAGGAACUUUUACCUGGAAUUUUGAUUUCGGAAAGGCCGUGGGAGGCAUUACGUUUCUGUGUGAGAUACCAAACACAGACGGGCAGCCAGGCUGACUUUACAUAGUCUGGAUCAAUCCUGAAUGGUUACAGUUUACAUUAUUUUUUAUUACAGCAGGUUUUCCUAAUGGUGCUUUGUGUGUGUGUGUAUGUGUGCGUGCAUGUGUGUAUGUUUGUAUAGGUCUGUCUUCCUGAAUCAGACUUACAUCUUGUUCUUUUCCUCUAGUCUUUUUUUGGUGUUUUUUUUUUUUUUUUUUUAUUCCAAUUGCUGUUUACCCCCUGGCUAAAUGAAAUGAAUUGUUUGUAUGAAAAGAAGAAGAAGUGUACUGGUUCCAAAGGUGUUUUUCAACAAGCAAACAUCCCAAGAAUCAAAACAAAGAAGUACUUACGUUCUUUUGUGUCAUUUAAAUGCACACUGCAUUGGAGAAAAAAGUGAAUAAAAAAGGGGAUGCUUGGAAUUUUUAAAAUAAAGUUUUAUUGCAUUUCACUGAUA